UUUAAUAUGAUAUACAUUCAUGAUUGUGGAACAUCUCUACUACUGCGCACCACCAACACUAGCAUUCUUUCGAUGGAAAGCGCUAUAGCUGUCAAACAAUGUACGCCGUUUCCGAAGGGCACAAUUGGCGAUACAACCGGUUACAAUAAGUACGCAGCCAACGAAAUGUGUGUUGCGCAAAUUUAGGCGCAAACCACCAGACUUCUUUAUUGCCUAUCUAUCAGGCGUAUUUUACAGUUCUUAUUACUUCCAUGUUGCCUAUCAGCCGGGCGUUUUCAAUUAAAACCGGAGCACGAGCACGUGUGCCAUGUCGUCAGCCUUCCUUAGCGACGGUUGGUUGCCUAGCAUCGAAGGAUAAUGCUCAUGUUUGUUGUGUUUAUGCACAUUUUCAAUCCUUUUCAAAAAAGUCCGGAUGUGCAAAUCCGAAAACGGCCCUUAAAAUGAGCCACGUAACACAGAUGAGCCACCUGAAGUCCACCGCCGGUUUCGACGAUGGCAAAUCGGACAAAUCCGACCGGUCCGAGGAGAACUUCGACUUUGACUCGUCGGAGGACGAGGAAAUCACGAUGAUAUUCGGCUUCAAGGAGGACGAAGCACGUCAGAAGCUGGUCAGCUUUCCGAAGUCCACCCGGAUGGUGAUCAGCCCGGAUCUUCAGGCGGAAAUUGGCAUGGAGAUUGGACAAACGAUCAGUGCCGAGCAUCCGUGGAAGCAGAUCAAGAAGGAGGUGCUGGAGGAUCAUCUUCCGGGGAAGGAUGAAACCCAGCAGCAGCUGAAGGAAAAACUCAAGGAUUUGGACCCAGGGAAGCUGAUUUUGGUGGGAUACUCGCCGGAGCUGUCGACGGAGGAUGACGUUUUUAUCGUUUUCGUCGAUGAUCGAGAAACGAAAGAAGCCAGUGAGCUGAUCAAACGGAUUGAAUUGCUAGAGCGCCACAAGGCACGUGUCAUCAUUAAGAAGCGCGCCCGGAAGUGGAAAGACCAGGGAAGCCAUCAGAAGGUACAAUGCUUCAUCCCAAUCAAGCGCUUGAAUGUGGUCAACUUGGAAACGCAAAGCAUUUUCCCUGUCAAAAGAUGCAGCUACGUGUUCAGUCACCGUAUGGUGGAAGAUAUUCGGGAUGGUUAUGUAGAGCUUGUCCCCGGUAAGGACAAAUUCGAUAACAUCCACAGGAAGCUGGUCGACUCCGCCAUUCAAACUGGCCCACCGAAAAUUCACCAAUACCAACAAACGGAUCCCACAUUUCCGACUAAUGCAUGGUCUCAGUACUUGUACGAAAUCAGUCAGGAAGAAACGGAAGCCGCCAAUAAAUCUGCCAUAGCAGGAGUAGAUAAUGAUCAGACUCCCAAACCCAAUAGCUACGCACAGGAGCUGCUGAACACCCUGGAGUUCAAUCAGGUCGACAUGUACAAAAAUGAUUAUCCCUUUAUAUCGAAGCGGAAGGUUCACAAAUAUCAGACUCCUGUCGUUGAUGAAUGCCUUAGCUUCGUCGAUAGGGCCAAGUGUGAGAAUCGCUACGUUUCUGCCAUGGAUUGGCAUCCAAAGUACUCAGGGAUUUUCGUUGCAGCGUACAAUUUCAACACAUCAUGCACGGUAGUGGAUGUUGACGAUCGAGAAGCGAAUUCGGUAGAUCCCGUCAACCGCAUUGUCUUUGACAAAUGUCCAGUUCUGAUGUGGAGCUUCGACGAGACCUUAACCCAGAAGCUGGAACUGAGAUCCAGUCGAGAGGUGACCUCACUAUCCUUCUGCCCUUACGACGGGAACUUACUUUUAGCUGGUUUGGCAUCUGGUCAAAUACUUAUUUGGGACUUGAAGGGAGAAUUGGAAAGAGUGGAACGGGUCGAGAAUAUAUCUCCAAAACAGCAAAUGUAUCGUCAGGAAAUCAGGAAACUCAUGGGCUGGUCCAAAGUGGAUGAGGUUGAUCAAACCGUUGAGCCUGUUGCUAUCAGCGCUAUGGAUAAAUCGCCAAGGAAACCGAUAACGGUUAUCAAAUGGUUGCCUCGUAAUUACUAUUGUGCUACAACAGGACAGAUCCGGGUUCAUGCUGACAGGCUGCAUCGUUUCAUUUUGACCACCUCUAUUGAUGGUUCGGUAUGUUUCUGGGAUCUCGAUUUUACCGUUCCUGCUUUAAAGAAGGCACCUCCUACUUCCAAAACGGUUGCAGAUGGAGAAGCGUCUCCCUAUCAGUCACUGGACAACGUGUUCUAUCCGAUAUUUAGGAUCAAGUGUGACACACCUAUUACAUCCAUCUCUAUCGACGAAGCUUUGUACGAGUUCCGACCGAUAGAUAAUGAUUACAAGAAAGCCGAUAUUACCACCAGGAUUGAACAUAAGGCUCAUCCGAUAUCGAUGGAGUAUCGUAUGAAAAUGGUGAUUGGGAGCCUGUUGGGAGAUGUCAUCAAAGGCCAAUGGGAAGGGCAUGACUUCGACCAGGGAGCGGCCACAAAUGAGGAAACUAUGAAACAGAAGGACAAAUUUGCAGCAAUUCACGACGGACCUGUACUAGUGGUGGAGAGGAACCCGUUUUGUUCGGAUAUAUUUUUGUCUAUCGGCGGAAAUAUACUGGCUCUGUGGAGUGAGGGUUGUCUCAGCUCGCCAAUAUUUUGGAGGCGACGUAAUACCAGGCUAACUACCGGUCGAUGGAGUUUGGAUCGAGCAUGUGUGUUCUUCAUUGCCAACGCUAAUGGCGAUCUGGAAGUUUGGGACACGAAUGUGAGAAUCGAUACUCCUAGCCUAGUUGUGAGCCUGGGUGGAAAUAUAUUAACGUAUCUCUCGCAACACAAGCUAUCAGCAGCCAAGAAGUUCCUGGCCGUGGCAGACUACAAUAGCAAUAUUCGAAUAAUGACCAUUCCGAGUAGCUUUUCCGAGCCCAUUCCAUUCGAAGUGGAGAAAUUUGAAAAAUUCAUCCAGUACGAACUAACUCGCAAGAAAUCACAAGAUGACUGGAUACAGUCGUACUAUGAAGCACACAGAGAAAUCAUCGAAGCGCAGGUCAAGGCAAAGCGUGAAGCGAAGGAGCUAGCCGAACGUAUGGAAGUGGAACAGAAAGAGCACAAUGAAUACAUGAAGCGGCAAGCGGUCGAGGAAGCCAAGAAGAAAGCCAUGAGGGACGCCGAGAAACGGGUUGAUUUGGCUAAGCGGCUGGACGUGAAGUGGAGACAGAAGAGCUAUAAGCGAUUGUUGCACAGUAUGAUGGAGAGAAGAAAUAUAAGCCCUGAUCAAUUGGCCAAACAGAUGAAACCGGAAAAGGAGAGGCGGAGGUAUAAUGAAGAGAAGCGCACAGCAAUUGCAGAGGAUCUGGCUAGAGUUGAAGAAGAUUACAAGGAAGUUAAGGCACAACUGAUACCAGUAGAAAAGGUCGUUGUGACCCGAGCAGAGCAGUUGAAAGGUCGUAUGGUCAAAUUUCGGGAAGAAAUGCUCGACUAUCAUCGCGUUGAGGAGGAAGCAAGGGAGGUCCUUGAACAUUUUCAGCUGCCACCGAUUGCAGACUUUUCUGAAGUGCUCAUCAAAGGCCGCCAGCGGAGGGAAGUGAUUAAUCGCGAAUUGGGAGCAAACAUCGAACACUUGGAGAGCUACGAACGGAAAAAGAUACAGCGCCGUUUGGUUGCUAAUGAGGCACGUGGUGACACAGAUAGCAAUGCCAGCGCGACCAGUCCAGACGCUUUGCUGCGCGCACGGUCAGUCACCUUCAUCGACGAUAUUCCGGAGGAACUGCGCCGGCAAAUGUCGCAAGAGCAAGAACUAGAAUCGGCUCGAAAAAACACACCGGUUAACGACGAAUAGAAAAACGGUUUGCAACACGCAGACCGAAUAUCCAAUUGCUUACCUUUUGUCAUUUGUAGUACAAUGUGAACUCUGCAAAAUGUGACUGGUCCGUUGGUUGUCGGCCGGUCGUUUCUUUUCCUGAUGACCGACAAAACCAAAUUGGGAAUUCGGAACACGCUGCAAGUCCAGUUUUUUUUUGUUAAUGCUAAGCAAACGAGUGGGUUGGAUUGAUUGGACCUUUUUUGAUCGUUUAUCGCGUGGCACAAUUUCACGAUACCUUUUGACUUUGAUUUGGCGUUAUAUAAAUAGAUACAUACGUGUGUAAGCAGCACUGCUCUAUGAUACUACCUUGAAGAUAAAAAUAUGUAA